AUGCCCACGGCCCUUAGAAGCAAGAAGAUGACGCUCUCCUGGGCCAACAAGGUUCGAGGUGGACGUGUGGCCCCAAGAGGUGACAACCUGCGUCGCGAUUCGCACCACGAAAACGAGCUCGAAGAUUUCUACACCGUGGAUUCACCCGAAGAUGGCCAGUGGGGCGUACCCUUGCCGAAUGGGGACUGGAGUGGUAUGGUUGCCAUGGUCUAUAACAAUAAAUCCGAUCUGGCUCUGGGUCCUUUAGUGAUGACGUACGGUCGCUCGCAAGUGAUCACAUUCAGCUCCCAAGUGACUACGAACUACCUGACCAUCCUGGCCGGCUUUCCCAACGUCAUUCACGGAAGCAUCUUCGGCACGUUGAUGGCGUUCAAUUUGGAGGUGUGGAUAGCCCUGCUGGUCUCCCUGCUGCUCUGUGUGCUCACAGCCGUGAUGCUGGAAGUAUUCAAGAAAAAGAAGGGGGCCCUUCCGUCCAAGACAUGCUCUUCGCCACGGCCGCCACGUGGUACGCCAUCCAGGAUCGUAUUUGCCAUGUGGUGGCUGACGGUGCUGGUGCUUAUGAACGCUUUCACGGGUCAUAUGAAGGCUACAAUGAUGGUGCGAACCGAACCUGAUCGCAUUGAAUCCAUGAAGGAGCUCGCCGAGCGCGGGAACAUGAAGACCUUCAUAUGGGAGGGCACCGCCUAUGAAUCUCUGCUGAGGGAUUCUCGGAAUGUACCGGAGUACCAAGCAGUGUGGGAGAUGGUUCUUCGCUGCAAUGGCAUGUUCGACAACAAGUUGCUCUACUCCAGAGCGAACCUCAUCGCUGUGCAGAAUGGAGACGCCGUCAUCGUCAGGGACGCCAGCACAAUGCGCUUCCACGUGGCAGCCCGCUGCGGCUUGUUGACACAGGGCACCUUCAGCUUCUCGCAGGAGCAGUUCUUUCCGCACAAGUAUGCGGUGGCGCUCAAUCGAACCGAAGACCCAGCGUUCGUGGCCAUAGUUAACCAACGCUUUGGCCCGGCGCUUGCCGACGACUUCGGGGUCGGUCGACUCACGCUCAGGCUGCCGCCGCUUCCGCCAUUGCUGCGUUCUUCUCGCUCGGCGCUGGGCCUCUCGGUCAAGAGCCGAACCCGAAUCAGUGGGAUGAAGGAGAGCGGCUUGUUGGAUGCCUGGAUGGAGGAGGAGUACGGCGACUGGCAGAAGUGCGCCUCUGGCUCCGGUGAGGACACGUACAGGCCCCUGUCAAUGUUCGACAUGCAGUCCAUCUUCUUCAUCUACUUCAUGUUCAGCGCUGCAUCAGCCAUUGGGUUCCUGUGCGAGCUGCUUGUUGGCGCCUGA